AUGUCGACCACGAGGCUACCUUGCAUCCCUUCUCUGCGGAAACAACAGCUUCACCUGGAAUUUGCAAGCUUGCGACGAGCUGCACCUCCUGGCCUCUAUGUGACCCUUGCGCCGGGAGAUCCAACUUUAUGGAGUGGAGUCGUCUUCGUGCGCUCUGGUCCAUAUGCCUCAGCUAUUCUUCGCUUCCAGAUCCGCUUCCCCGACACUUACCCUGAUCUUCCGCCUUUGGUCACAUUCGCGACCGAUGUUUUCCACCCUCUCAUUGUACCUCUUACCACAUAUACCUUCAGUACAGGCGCAGCCAGCGAUGACCCUGUCAGCGCCACCGACGAAGAGCGACUCCCACCCGGGGGAUUCAGCCUUCGCCAUGGCUUUCCCCAUUGGUUUGGUAGAGCCAAGAGGACUGACUUGGUGUCUGGAAAGUCGACCCGGAAUCUCAGCGGACAGUCGUUCAAGGUGACACCCGAGACAAGGUCUACGUCGGGUGAAGCAGAUACAAACAGUGUUGAAGCUUCAGACAGCACAGCUUCGACAGAGCAGCCGGCAGACCAAGUUCUUACAGACGACCUACCCACCCGUAUCUCGCAGACCCCUGUCGUGAUUCCUUCUCAUCAGCCGAGACCACAUGUGCCCGUUGCAGAGCUCCUGGCGUACGUUCGCUCAACCUUUGAGGACGAAGAGGUACUCGACUCUUUGCCCCAAGAUGCCGCAGGGAAUUCUGGUGCGUGGCAUGCAUGGAGAGCUCAUCGUCGAGGGACGCUCGGCGCGACUCGCUCAACAAGAGACAGCUCUCAGGCACGACUACCGGGAGAUUGGCAUUGGGACGGAAUUUGGGCACGGCGAGUUCGAGACGAGAUCGAGGCAAGCCGCUCAGAUGCUAUGCUCUUCGGAAACUCCACUCGAGGCGUGGGGGAAGAAACAAUCCGAUUUUCUCGAAUGGACGAAACCACGCGGGCCUUAGUUAAGGAACGGAUGAAGAUGACUAUAGCCGAAGUGACUAGCGAGAUCUAA